AUGCGCAUGAAGAACCGGUACUUAAACUUUUCGCCGGAUCAUCACUUCGGGAGUGGAGAGAAGAUGACACUGAACGACUUCAUUCAGCGCCAUCAGAAGAUGGACAAGCGGGAGGUGAAGGCAGAGGGCGUGGACAGUGACGGCAACCCCGUGAAAUUCAGCUACACGCUGCACGAGAAUCCCAUCGAAGGGCAGGAGACGGACGGAGAUGUAACGGCUUGUUUCGAGCUGUCGCUGAAGUUUGUGCGUGCUGUCGACAAGGAGCUGGAGUGGCGGAUGAAGGACCUGGAGGAGCUGGAGGGGUCUGCAGGUGCUGGAAUGUGUGCAAGGGCUUAUGUAGCUGGUGCAUUGCACAUUGUGAUUAUGUAG